UUCUAACGGACCAUACUGACUGAGAAAACACUGCACAAGGAAACCGCAUUUCCUUCAUUAUCCAAGAUUGGGGUAUCCGAGAGCUCUGUUUCCGGUAAGAAGAGGAAAACUAGCAGAGCUGACACUGAGCUCACAGUCCCAAAUCCUGUACCGUUACUGUGCAUUAGUUCACCAGCGGCGUUGGGGGACAGUGGCGGAGGCGAAUAUAAUCCGCAUCGAGAACAACUGGAAAACCUAGGAUCAGCUGCUUUAUAAAAGGUCCACGGUGUACCAGGAGUCUGACUUCACAUGAUGUUUCUGCAGAGAAACCAUGGAUGCCCCUGAAUAUUUGGAUUUGGAUGAAAUUGAUUUCAGUGAUGAUCUAGCUUAUUCCGUAACAUCUCUGAAGACUAUUCCUGAACUGUGCCGAAGAUGUGACUCUCAGAACGAAGACAGACAAGUUCCAGGAACAAACUGGAGUACUGCUGUCUCAUCACAUAGUGGAAAUGGAAUUAAACCUACUGGCAUAGCAGAAGUUUACAGCAAAUUUAGACCAGUUAAAAGGGUUUCACCGCUGAAGCACCAGCCAGAAACCACAGACAAUGAAACGGACAAUGACCAAUCAAACCAAAAAGAAGACUUCAACAAAGAAGAGUCUUCUGAAAAGCUGCAGCAGUCCAACCUGUCUCCCAGUGACAGUCAGGGCUUUAAAAGCAAAGAUUGUGGUUCUGGUGUAUUAUUUGGGGAGCUUGAGCAUUAUGACCUCGACAUGGAUGAAAUUCUGGAUGUGCCUUAUAUCAAGUCAAAUCAUCAGCUCUCCAGUCUCCCCAAGGUAGCCCCGGAAAAAAGAACUGUGGGUAUGAAUUCAAAUGACAAAGGUCAUGGAAACAAGACCUGCUCAGUAGUAAACUGUGAGAACCUGCCAGCAAGCAUGACACAAUUCUGCGUGCUGUCUCCUGUGAAAAGCUCAGAGCUGAGAAAGGCGCAGGCUAUUGUCCCAGACCAGCACAGCUACUCGGCUGCAGGAUUAGAGUUUUCACAGAAUCUGCUUAGCUGUGGCUCCGUUCCCGAGGCUGAAACCCAAGGUAAAAACUUUCCAGGCAGGACGUUUGCUGAUUCCCAUGUUCAUAAGGGAGAUAAAACAAUGCCCAACUGCCAACCCAGAAUAUUCCAGUUGCAGAACCCAGUGUCUGCAGAGAGUAAACUGGAUGAAAAUAGCAACCGGACCUGGACCAACGUGGGAGUGCAAGGAGAGCGAAACGAAGAGGCAAAGAAAGUCAAGAGCAUCCUCAACAUCGUCAGAGAAGGGCAGAUAUCAUUGCUGCCUCAUUUAGCAGUGGAUAAUCUGGAGACGAUCCAUGAUGAGAAUGGAAACAACCUCCUGCAUGUCUCGGCCUCCCAGGGGCACGCUGAAUGCUUGCAGCACCUCACCUCUCUCAUGGGAGAAGACUGUCUGAGUGAGCGCAACAAUGAGCAGCUCACUCCUGCCGGCCUCUCCAUCAAGAACGGCCGUCUGGAGUGUGUCCGCUGGAUGGUGAGUGAAACGGAGGCAAUCGCAGAACUGAGCUGCACUAGAGACCACCCCAGCCUCAUUCACUAUGCUGCGUGUUAUGGACAGGAAAAGAUUCUCCUGUGGUUACUGCAGUUCAUGCAGGAACAAGGGAUUUCAUUGGAUGAAGUUGACCACUAUGGAAACAGUGCAGUUCAUACUGCAUCUCAGCAUGGACAUCUAGGCUGUAUUCAGACCCUCGUGGAAUAUGGUGCCAAUGUCACCAUUCAGAACCAACAAGGAGAAAAGCCUUCUCAGGUUGCUGAGCGACAAGGCCAUACCACAUGCUCGCGGUACUUGGUGGUUGUGGAAACGUGCAUGUCCCUGGCAUCACAGGUUGUGAAAUUAACCAAGCAGCUGAAAGAGCAAACUACUGAAAGAAUCACUUUGCAAACUCAGCUGCAGCAACUACUGGAAACACAGCAGAUGGAAGAGGGCACAUUGGCCGACACUCCCAGCUCCUCUGUGUCCACUGCAGUAAGCAGGCCUCAAGGGCCCUUUUCUCCUGAGCACAGAUCAAUGGACCCUGCCCAGUCAGCACUUCAGAGGAGCUGUAUUGGCAACCUGGCAGGCCGUAGGCUCUUCAGGCAGAAGGAGGAAGAUUCUGAUAAGAUCCUGCGACAACUGCUGGGAAAGGAGAUUGCAGAGAAUGUGUGUACACAGGAGAAACUUUCCCUGGAAUUCCAGGAUGGGCAGAAAGAAGGUCUUGGAGUAGGCCCCAAGAUUCUGAGGAGGAUGCCAGCAGAGAAAAGAGAUCUCAAACUGGCUAGACUGAGACAGAUCAUGCAGCGUUCUCUCAGUGAGUCAGACACAGACUCCUAUCACUCAGAAGAGCAAAAAAACACACCAGUCAAGAGAAUAGACAAACCCCGACCACUGCCAAUUGUAGAAAACGUGGAAUGUACUGAAAGCUUACACUUAAUGAUCAAAAAGCAUGCUUCUGCACGAAAAUAUGCCUUUGCCAACAGUGUUUCCAAGUCUGUGGACGGACACAGCCCCUCUCCAACUUCAGAAGGCAGCGACCCAGAUUACGAAUCACACUACCAGGCUGGAAUUCUGACAAGAGCUGGAAUGACUGGGGAAAUGCCCCAGUCUGGAACUGACAGUGUCAGUAAUCAAAAAGUUACCACAAGCCCAAAAAGUGCCCUGAAGUCUCCAUCAUCUAAAAGGAGGACAUCUCAAAACUUGAAACUUAGGGUAACCUUUGAGGAACCUGUUGUGCAAAUUGAGCAAACAGAAAGUGAAAGUAGUAGUAUCAAAGGAAAAGAAGGGGAUAAAACUAUGCCCAGAACUCCCCCCAGCACUGAUUCAGGAGAUACGUGGAAAAGACCAUUUGGAACAUUCAGAUCUAUAAUGGAGUCCCUGAGUGGAAAUCAGAACAAUAACAAUAACAAUUACCAUUUGGCGCCUGUGGUAAAAGCACCAGCCUCAGGUUUACUACUGAAUUCAACAGGAAGAAAAUCUUCAGACACAAAAGCAAACCAAAUUAGCCCCACAAAGUUAAAGGGCAAGACAGAUCCUUGUAUCUUCAAUUCCAAUCUGCCUUGCAUGCUGAUUACUGAUGGCCUUCAUAACAUGUACGCUGCAUGCACUGAUGAACUUAUCAACUGUUUGGAGAAAAAAACAACAGACAAUGCAGAAGAUCCAGAGUUACUGGAAUUUUUCUUGUAAGAGUCAUCAUUUUAUCUACUGGACCUUGUCUUACUAGACUCUAACAGGAUUACCAGUGGCUUCUUCAAGUUUCUUCAAGCAGACCUGGAGUCAAGGGACAGCCACUGAUCCAGAGUGCUUUGAGCACUGCCUUUCAAUAAGACACUGCACAAUUAACUGCUUUGACAGAUGAAUCAGUGUUUGGUAGAGUUGGAAAUGGUCAUGUAACAGACUCAGCAUUUUCUAUUUCUCAUUAUUUGACACUUGUUUGCUACAAAUAUUUAUGAACCUAUGCACUUUCUCAUGAAAAUUUACAUUAUACCUGUAUUUCUACAGUACAUUGAAAAUCUAAAUUUACAAAAUGCUUUUGCAACAACAAAUCUUUUGAAGAUAUGACUUUGUUAUUCUUUUCUAAAGUCAUUUUUUAAUUGUAAAGUGUAUUAUUUCAUUGUUUUUUUUAAAUCUGCAUGCCUUUUUAAUGAUGAGCUAUGUAUUGAUAAGCUAUUUAGCUGUAGUAUGUCUCUUGAUUUAAUACAUUUUCAAGAGAUGGAGGUUUCAGCCUUUUUAAUCACUGUGGUAAACUAUUUGUGUUUAGUGUAAAGUUGUUUAUAUGUGGAUUUUUUUGCAUUGGUUUUCAGUGUUACCACCAUUACAUAGCUCUAAGUUUCAGAUGUAAGACUACCAGGUCUUCAGAGGAGGCCAUUUCAAAAUUAAUCAUACUUAGAGAUAACAUAGAGGUCAUAAACUAUGUUUUGAUUGUUGUGGUUUUUUUACUAAAUUGAAGGUCAUGAGCACUCCUUUUUUAAUGGAGAAUUGAUUUUUUUUUUAUUUUAGGGAAGUAUGCCAUUCACUCUAACACAGGCUGUAUUGUAUUUGUAAUAUUUUACACACUUUAAUAAAAUUAAGGGAGAGACUUUCUCCCUGACCACCA